AUGGGCUACGACGUGUUUCUCCGAUAUCCGAGGCGCGCCGCGAGCAGCAGCAGGAGCGGCGCGCGAAGGGGGGGUCCUGGUCGUCAGAGUCGUAAUCGCGUCUCGGUCCGCGGGAUGAGGACGCGCACACGGCGCGCGCGGCGUUCGCCGCGCGCGCCCCCCUCCCUCCUCGCGCUCGUCGUCGUCGUCGUCGUCGUCCUCGCGACCGCCGCGCCCAUCGCGCGCGUCUCCGCUGAGGACGCGAGCUGCCCGUGCCUCACCGCGAUCACUUGGAGUCUGCUCGGCAUCGACAGCGGGACGAACGCCGCGUGCAAUCGCGUCGACGUCGCCGGCGAGGUCCAGUGCUACCCAGCCACUUACGGCCUCACAUGCGCCGCGCACGACUCCGGCCUGGAGCCGUACUGCGACGCCGCCGUCGCGUCGCCGCCGGCGUACUGCGCGGAGCAGUGGUGCUACGUCGACCCGGCCUUGUGCCGCGCGUCCAGCGCGGGGCUUCGGUUCGGGGAGACGCAGAUACUUCAGGACGCGUCCGGGCUCGCGUAUUACUCGUACGCGACGUGCGGCGGCGACGGGAGCUCGUGGGACACCAGGGAGCUGGACAAUCUCAAAGGGAAGACGCUGCGCGCGGCGGUGCCCAUCCUCUCGUACCCGCCGGAUCAGUACGUCGUGGACACGGCCACGAACGCGAUGGUGACGACGGGAUACACGACCUACGGAAACCUGCCCUCCGGCGCGGACGCGAAAGGGAUCUGGGUGGACUUGUACGAGCGCGUCGCGCUCGAGGCUGGGUUCACGAUCCAGUGGAACACGGUCAGCGAGGGGUCGCUCAAGGCGCACUCGUCCAAGUACACCGCGUGCGUGCAAGACGUCGCGGACGGCCUCUUGGGCGCGUUUUCGUCACGCCGGUCCCCGUACGACCCCGUUCGCGCGGUGCACGCCGUUCCUUGA